CGAUCAUCACCACGACGACCAAUCAGCCGCAGCACGCCCUCUUCCUCAGGCGGCAGUCACAGCAUACACUCUGCCCUCCCACACACCCAGACACACAUCAUGGAGAAUUACUUAGAGCGAUUCAAGUCCGCGGCCAACAAGGCAGGCAUUCAGGCCACCGCCUUUGCCCAGCAGACCUCUCGCCAACUCUCUGAGCAAGCCCAGCUAGCCAAAGCCGGCUUCUCCCUCCCAAAGGAAUGCGAGCGUGCCUCUACCAUCCUCCAGUCCUUCCUCGCCGAUCCUCAACACCCCGACACAGCUCUCAAUGCUAUUCCCAAGGCGGUAUUGGAGAAUGCUAAAGGUCUGGCAGUGUUCAGUGUGGUGAAAGCGGGAUUCCUUUGGAGUGGAAAAGUGGGGAGCGGUGUGGUUGUGGCGAGAUUGGCAGAUGGGAGCUGGAGUGCACCGAGUUGUAUUGCGACGGGAGGUGUGGGUGUGGGAUUCCAGAUCGGCGCCGACCUCUCUGAGUUCGUUGUAGUGAUGAACUCACCCGACGCUGUCCGCUCCUUUGCAAUGGCUGGCAACCUUCAGAUUGGUGGAAGUCUGAGCGCAGCAGCAGGACCCAUCGGCACGGGUGGGGCCAUCAAUGCAGCUAUCGCUCACCCGGCACCCAUGUUCAGCUAUUCUAGGUCCAAGGGUCUCUUCGCAGGCCUCUCCUUAGAAGGCACGGUCCUCGUGGAGCGCAAAGAAGCCAAUGCCCACUUCUACGGUCAACCCAUCCCCGCCCUCGACCUCCUUACAGGAAAAGUUCCCGCACCAGAAGCAGCAAGUGCACUCUAUGAAGUCAUUGAGGCAGCCGAGGCAGUUGAUGAGAGUGGAGUGGGACAAGCCAGCUAUAUACCUUCGGCAGAGGGAGGAUAUGCUGCAUCGAUGCAGCAAGGACAUGGCCAGCAGAGCUACGGUAGUGCUGGCAGUGCCGGUGUCGGUGGACAGACGGGAGAAGCGCCAUACGAAGUACCCGCAGGAGCCGUUCCAUCCACGAGUCCUGCUGCUACUGGAGGUGCUGGAGGAGCUGCUACUACUGGAAGUGGUGCGGAAAAAGGAAACAAGACCGUCUUCGAUGCUGAUCAGCCCUGAUGCCGACGGAGGACAGAGGGCGGUGAGGAUGUGAGGCACUAGUGAUACUGUAAGCACAUUUUUUGUCAUUCGAACAAUUAUUCAGAGAUAUGCUAUAGCAUUCGGCGGGAGUAGUGA